CAUGGCUUCUGUAGCGCCAGAAGCAGGCGAGCUGGCGCCGGAAGGCAAGCUGGCGCCGGAGACGAAACGACCGUGGAAGCUCUGCAGCGAGACCAUGCAUGUCAAGGUCAUCGUGGUCGUUAUGACGGUCGUCAUGGCGGCGUUCGAGGUCGGCGACCGCAUGCUUGUGGUCGACUUCGUCGUCUCCUUCUUCACGGUCGUGUCGCUGGAUCUCUUCGAGCGGGUCGGGGAAGGGGGCGCGAUCCUGGGCGUGCUCCUGGCGGUGUCUUGUGUGGCCGCGGUAGUCUGGGGGUCGCGGAAGAUCGAAGCCAUGGAGGCCCACGCCGUCCUGUUCGACGACGCGUCCAAGAAAAUCUUAGGCGAGGCAACGAUCGGGCCGCCAAGUCUCAAGGCGCCCGACUUGCGGCAGGCAUCCGAUGAUAUCGACGAGCUCAUGGGCGCCGCCGCCGCGGUCUUUCCAGCGUUCAAGACGGAGGUACUGCAGCGUCUCGUGGCGGACGGCUCGCGCUACGAAUGCAACCUGAAGACGCGGGAGCGCGUGCGCGAGAAGGUCAAGAUUGAGUACAACGGCGAUGCGGCAAAGAUCAAGGAUUUAUGCCGCGGUUUAGUCGUCGCGGAGACGCUGCCGGCGCUGGAAGCCUCGUGUGCCGCGCUCCAAAAGCUGGACAACGUCGAGAUCCUGCAGGUCAAGAACCGGCUCCGCGAUCCGCCGGAGGGCGACGGGCCCACCGCGAGCGGCUAUCGCGACCUGAACGUCAACAUUCGCUUCCAAGGGCAUAUAUGCGAGGUCCAGAUCAUCCACAGCGAGUUACUGAAGCUUAAAACGAACCAGGCUCCUGUCUACAACUUGGUACGGUCCCUGGGCCUCGUCGGACCGCUCCCCGCCACGACGGCGCCAGAGACGCGCCGCCGGCCUCCAAAGCGCACGAGGGCGGCGCUGGCAGUGCUCCGAAUCUUCAUGGCGCGGUUCGCCGCGGCGCAAGGCAUGAACUACGUGACGAAUGGCUAUGGGACAGACGUGGGACUUGCCAACGCGGGCCAGGUGCUGCUGCGGACGAUGACGGCGCCGGGGUUGGUUUAUGCCGCAGUGAUGGCGCCGCCGUAUUUUUUCUGCGCGUUCCUACUUCUCCGUGAUCUCCUCGCGCAGUUCGAUUCGACGCGCUGGCGCGUCGCCGCCGUCGCGGCGGUCUGGGUCCUGCAAUUUGCCAGUGAGUCCGGCUUGGCGCUUUACACAGCCAUGCAAAACCUCGCGGACGGCUCGCCCCUUGCGCUUAUCUUCGCGGCGCUAUAUAUCUUCGGGUGUGUUUUCGUCGUCCCGUGCCUAGCGGCAGCAGCGGCCGUCUCGCUGCGCCGCAGGGGCCGGAAAAUGCACGUGUCCCGGGUGGCACUCCUGUACCAAAAAUAUCUUGGAUUGCGAGGCUUAUAUUAUCGCUGGAAGAUCUUGGGGCUCCAAUAUGCGACGGUCAUACUGCAGGCGUUUGCAAAGCUCCCCGAAAUGGGCGCGCUCGUGUCGACCCAAUCGCAUUUCGGGGACAACGCUGUCGUCGACCUUAAAGGCGCGCCAUCGCCGCCAGCCUACUGGUUCUUCUUCAUCAUGCUCGCCAUCAACAGCCUUUAUCCGGGUGCCCUGUACUACUAUGCGGCGCGCUCCUCGUCCCGCGACGCGGACACCGUGGCGGCCCUCUGCGACGUGACGCUCGACCUCUCAUAUUCCAUGGGCUGGGUAUUCGUGACCAAGCAGUUCUUUCGUCUCUGCCGCUGGACGCCCGUCGAGGUCUUCCAAACCCUUGGGCUCUUCACGCCGUGCGUACACCUCCUCUUCACGUGUAGGGCGGUCGAGGCGGCGGCGGCGGACCAGAAGACUCCAACGACGGCGAAGCAACCGUCGAAAAAGGCGUGCGCCAGCCACGCACUGCUCUCUGUCGCCACGCUGGCGGUGAUUAUGGUCGCGUCCUGCCGGGACAGGUAUCCUUUCAAGGCGGAGAGCCGCUGCAACCCAUGCGAGUGCGAAGGAUCGGUCCUCACGUCGUGCAAAUUAGCGGGCGUGGCGCGGGUCUGGAGCCUGGACCUGAGCGACAAGGACAUCACGGAGGUGCGGUCCGACGCGUUCAAAGACAUAAAGUACACGCUCCUCAACGUGUGGCUGGACGACAAUAAAGGAUUGAUGUCACUCCCACCCGACGUCUUCGACGAGCUGGACGUCCUGAUGAACCUCUCGCUCAUGCGCACGGGCGUCACGGAAUUACCGAGCCUCGCGGGGAAAAAGUACUUUGAGAACCUUUUCCUCGACGGCAUGAACAUCUCGUCCAUACCGGGCGACACACUCGCUGGUUCGCGGCUGCGUUUCGUCCAUGCCACGAAUAUGCCGAAUUUCCAGCUCGACGCCGCCACGUUCGCCAGGACGAGGCAACUCGAGGCCGUCUGGAUCGGCGGCUCAAAUACGAACUGCGUCGAGCUCCCGCACGAGGCUGCAUGCGUCGACCACCGGUGCCGCUUCAUCGAGGAGCUCGACGCCGAAUACUUCAUCUACCGCGAAUUCCAAAAGGACACCUGCGAGGCGUCCUACGAUGGCGCGCCGGGCUGCGGCGAAAUACCGUGCCUGCCGCGCUCGUGCUUCGUUCCGUCGUAG